CCACCGCCGGCGGGCGUGAAGUGCUGAAAACUUUACACCUAGGAGUGCAGAAGUAGCAUGGCAGUGACUCGAGUGGUGGCUAUAACGGGGUGCGACAGCGGGCUGGGCUGGGCGCUGGCUGCGCGGGCGGCGCGUGAGGGUCUCAUUACGGUGGCUGGCAUGUACGAUGGAACUGAAACCAAUGCUGCCAAAGCCCUGAAGGCCUUGUCAGCACAUCCCUGCGAGCUCGAUGUGACAAGUCCUGAAAGUGUCGUCGGCUUCAGGGAUUACGUCCAGCGACUACUGAAGGAUCACCCCAAUUAUCGACUGUACGCUGUAGUAAACAACGCCGGUAUAAUGACGAUAGGCGACUACGAGUGGCAGAGCACGGAAAUGAUAGAAAGAGUGGUGAACACCAACCUGCUGGGCACCAUGAGGGUCAUCUCCCAGUUCCUGCCAGACUUGAGGGUCUCCGCUUUGGAGGGUAGCGUGAAGCCUCGUAUAAUCAACGUGAGCAGUCACUGCGGGCUGCAGCCGCUGCCAGGGUUCGCUCCGUACAGCGCCAGCAAGGCGGGAGUGCUGGCGCUGACGCAGGCGCUGAGGAUGGAGCAGCGGCCCUAUGGACUCACUGCCGUGGCUUUUAUACCAGGUGGCUUUGUAGGUGCCAGCAAUUUGAUGGCGCUGCAAGCAAAGAGUAUUCGUUCAAUGCAAGAGCAUUUGAGCAAAGAACAAAAAACUUUUUAUGAGAGAACCAUGACCUCCUUAGCCGAUUAUCUACAGCCAGCAUCAGUUAAUAUGAACUUCGAUUGUCUGAAGGACGAAAACAUCAUUGAAACUUUCAUGAAGGCUAUGAACGAACAAUAUCCCCGUGAACUUUACAAAGUGGAGUCUUGGAGAUAUAGGUUCUACUACUCAUUGAUGAGACUCCCAUUGCCUGAAAGGUUUCGUUACUGGAUCAUUAAAAAAUUCAUUGCUUUCCCUGUGAUUUCCAACUAAUAAAUUAUUACAUUCAUUAAACCUGA